UCAACUGUCACAAGAUGGACGAGCUAUCUGACUAUUUAAGGUCACAACAUGUACCUGAGGAAGACAUACAGCGAAUGGAACAGGAGAAGAUGGAUUCCAGUGUCAUAACUCUCAUGACAGAUGACCAGCUGAGAGAGUAUCUGCCAUCCUAUGGUGAUCGACUGGCUGUUUUUGGAUACUGUAGACGGAAGGAAAAAGAACCCACGAGUCGCAAGUCAAAGCUCUUUGAGCGACUUAGAGGAAAGCUCUCAAGAAACAAAGGUGAUCAUGAGACAGACCAUCAAACCGCUCCAAAGAAUGCUCAGAAGAAUCAAAGAAAGAUUGAAAUUGGAUGGGUGCAUUUCAGAGAAGGGGAAUUUGUGCAGGUACGCACCAAAAAGGGUGGGGGGACCAGAAAAGAGAGUGUCAUGAAGGACAGUACAAAACAGAACCUAAUUGAAAAGGCUGUGCAGUUGUUUUUUCCAGAUGGAAAAAAUGCAGAGGGGAGCCUUACUGAUUUUGACAUUGAUUUAACGGACUUUCAGCGGCAUUCAUUAGAGGAUAGUAUCACAGUCAAGGAACUGUAUGAAAAGACAAAAUUACCUCUCUUACGUUUCUAUUUAACAACCAAGAAGAGAGACAUUGCCAGUGACAUAAAUCUGGUGGAAAACAAUAGUGAUGCAACUGCUCAAGAAGGUGAAAACACACAUGCCAGACCUGAUAUCUAUCACCUCUCUACAGACACAUCUGUAAGAGAUCCGGUGGAGAUAAGGACUUCAGAUGUCAUUUUUGUUGGAAGCAGCACAGUUUUUGCAAAUGAAAACAGUGAUAGUGUUUCCCUUCUUUACACCACAGUCAACCCAACUGAUGCAUCCAGUUUGCAAGAACAUGAAACACUGUUUCAUGUCGGUGCUUUAGAUGAUAGUGGCAUUGUAACUUUCCGCACAGACAGCAUCUCUCUGAUGGAGUACUCCAGUCUUGAUGAUACAUUGCCUCUCUCUACGGAACUGUCUAUUGAAUCAUCCAUGCCUCCUUCAAUGGAUAUGUUUCAGGAACAAGCCAAUCAGAGAGAAAGAGUGAAGAAAAUUAUUGUUCUUCAUCGUGGACAGAUUCUCAGAGAACUUAUUCUAGUGUUUUCUGAGGAAAAUAUCAUGGAGAAUGACUUUCACUUCCAAGUUAUUCUUCCCGAUGGAAAGCUUGAAAAUGCUGUGGAUGAUGGAGGUGUUAUGAGGGAUAUACUGUCCGAAUUUUGGAAUGACUUUUAUGAGCAGUGCACUAUGGGAAAUGGCUUCAAAGUGCCAUACCUGCGUCAUGAUUUUGGUAAACAAGAAUGGGAAAGUGUAGGCCGAAUAAUCACAUUUGGCUGGCAAAAAGAGAAGUACCUUCCUGUUAAACUUUCACCUGUACUUCUGGAGCAAGCUGUUUUGGGCUUUGUUGAGAGUGAUCUUGUGGACAGCUUUCUCAAGUAUGUGUCAGAGUCUGAGCGGGUGAUCUUUGAAUCUUGUCGUUCAGAUUUUGAAGGUGUGGACCAAGAAGAAUUGUUUGAAAUCAUGGAUAUCCACAACUGCCGGCGGCUUCCAACAGCAGAUAACUUUGAGCAAAUCUUGAAGGAGAUUGCUCACCAAAAACUGAUUCAAGAGCCUGCUUUUGUGAUUGAACAGUGGAACAACACACUUGCACCUCUUAGAUCAGAGCUGAAAGGGAUUGCAGCAGUCUAUGAAGAGCUACAACCAACAUCAAGAAAGAUCAUGAGAUCAAUGACUUACCCCAGUACACAGAAUGCCCAGGAGAAACAAAUGGUCAAAAAGCAGAACUGGAUCAAGGACUUGUCCAAGAAGUUGUCUGAGAAGUAG